GUCAAGGGAAAAGGAAGAUUGCAUGUUUAGGGUAAUAACCUGUAGGAUCAACCCCAGCAGGAAAAGGUGAUAUUUUCAAGAUGUAACAUCCUUGUGUAUUUCCCGAUGAAGAGCUCAUAACCCUAAACUUUAACUCGCUGUUUUAACAAGCUUCUUACCCGGAGAGUGCAUUAACAGUCAAAUAAUAAACAGGUCCGGGGUUUAUAGAAAAAAAUGUAUCAUUAAAAGUUUGUGUUCAGAACAGUAGGCGUUUUCAUUUGGAAGCACGAACAUUGUCAUUGAAGAAAACGUACGUCCGAAAAUAUAUUUUAACUGUUUAACAUUUCUAUAUUAUCAGCUGCCUUUGAAGUAGGCCCAGUCCGGAUAUUAUUGAAAUAAGAUCAACUGUAAUUUAUUAAAGUUGGCAAAUAAGGUGAACAAGAACGAGUCGGCCAAUCAAGGAAAUUUCGGGAGUUGAUUUUUCUAAAUUCCAUUCAAGGGUGACACGAGUUCAAACACAGCCCUGUGGACCUGUUUUCAGCAAACACAUUGAACCGCCCUUUCAAGGUUGCACACUGACAAAAUACUGGCAUAAUGGUUAUUGUUUUCGUUUGUUUGUUGACAUAUAUUGCCUAUAUAAAUGGCUGAAUUCUGUACUUAAGCAUAAAAAAGGAGACCUGUGACAUUCUAAGACGAAAUUUGAUACCACUGCGGGAAAGGAAAACUUGCGAUCGGGCCACCGACGGUAUAUAAGAUGAACUCGAUUUGACUUUUUAAUUCAUUCACUCUCGUGUCUGUUUCUGAUUUCUCGCAUACAUAUGGUUAAUUAUCACGACGCGUAUUCUGGCAUUUUAGAUUUCAUAAGAAUGGGACAGACGUUGGCGAGGAGGUCGCGAGACCGAGGGACGAAACUGUGGGAAGAACAGAGGUUCGACGAGGCGAUCCACGCCUGGGAAACGGCAAUGAAACGAACGACAAAGGCCUCGGACCGAUUUGACAUCUUCGGCAAUCUCUGUAUGGCUCUGUGUGAUAUGGGAAAGUACAGGAAUGCGUUGACUUAUGCCGGGCAGCAGAUUGAACUUGCCAAUAAAGUAAACAAUCCGUUAAUGAUAUCGCAGGCCUAUUUCCAUUUAGCCCUCUGUAACGAACGGGUGAGCGAAUAUUCGAAGUCGGUGACGUACUGUAGAUACAGCCUGCAGGUUGAAGACGCAGGCGAUAAACUGUUCGGGUGGAUUCACUUCUGUUUGGGAAAUGCUUACUUCGGACUCAGUGAAUUUCCCAAAGCUUGGAAAAGCUAUUCGAAAAGUUUAUCUCUAGCGAGAACUAGAAAAGACGUUUUAUUAGAAAUGCUCGUUCAAUCCAGACUGGGCUAUUUGUUUUCUCAGUUAGUGGAUCAUGAGACAGGACUCGGGUACUGCAGCAAGGCAUGGGACAGUGUGAACUCGUUUGGAGAAGGAUCUCCGAUUGUGAAAUACAAGCGACAGAUAGCAGUGUUCCUGGCCAUUCCAUACAGGAAGACUGGCUCCUAUAACGAGGCUAUGGACUUGUGUGAGGAUGCCAUGAAGGUUGCAAUGCUGUAUGGCGAUCGUCAAGUCCAAGCCAGAUGUCUCAUGGUAUUCGCUGAUAUCCACAGGAAAAGAUCGGACUUCGAGAGAGCCAGUCCUCGCUACGAGUCGGCCUAUAGCAUCCUGUCGGAGACGGGCGACAGACUGGGACAGGCCGAGGUUCUUGGGGGAAUGGCCAAAACAGCCACGUGCACCAGAAACUUCGAACAGGCUAUAGAAUUAAACACAAAAUCACUGGACAUAGUUCAGAAGAUUGGCAACAAGCUGGAGAUGCUUAGGUGCCACGCCAGGCUGCAGGCGCUGUACAAGGUGUCGGGGGAGACGUCGCUCAGUCACCGUCACUUCACAGUGGUCAGACAACUCCUGGACGAAAUGGAACUCUUCUGUGGCGUGUGCGACGAGAUCAUUGGUGAAAAACCAGAGAAACUCGAUGCCUUGGAUUGCGGCCACUUUAUACACAACAGGUGUAUCGUGCAUCUAUCGAGAUCAACUCUUGGAAGAAGCGGAAAGAUCCGACCUUGUCCUGCGUGUAGGCGAAAAUCGUCCAUGAACCCCACACUGUAACAAUGAAUUCCACUACAGAAUCCUAAACCAGCGAAUUUCAAAAUCCUAUAACAUCAAAUUCCAAAAACAAAAUGACCCUUCAAUAGCAAAUUCCAAAACAGAAUGCUAUAACAGCAAAUUAUAAAGAGAAUAGAACAUAAUCAUGUAACAACAAAUUCCAAAACAGAAUUCUGUAACAUAAAAUUGCAAAGAGAAUAGAACGUAAUCCUGUGAAUUUUAACAGAAUAGAACACUGUAAUAGCAAAUUGCAAACGGAAAUCUAAAAGGGUGAAUUGCAAAUGUGAUAGAAUCCUUUAAGAGCACAUUCAAAAAAUGUAAUCCUUUUUAAAGAGAAAAUUCCAAAAUGGAAUCCUUUUUAAAGAGAAAAUUCCAAAAUGGAAUCCUUUUUAAAGAGAAAACUUUAAAAUAGAAUCCUAUACCUGUGGAUACAUUAUUGCAUCUGUUUAAUAACACUUGGUCGCCAUAUGACCUUGUGGUAGCAACAAAAUAUAACUUUAAGUACAAGAUACUUACAUAUCGUUCCCGCCUGUUGAGAUGGUUUGAGCUUUAAGGAAGUAUUGGUCUUUGUGUGUGAGUCUGUCCGUCCGUCCGUGUGUGUAUCUAGUCAUUAUUCUUAUACAAUAAAUCUACUCUUCG